AUGCGUAACCCCCCUUUCGAAGGAUAUGCUAUUGCUCCUGGCAUCCUUUAUCCACACCUCAUUGACUCGAGCCUGCAACGACCACCGUUCGCGUUCAUCAAUUCUCUUAAUCAAAAGGCCUAUCACCCAAGGUUGCUAGAUCCCAUGCCCAUUUUGCCACUCUGCAGGCAGCGAGAGGAGCGAGAGGAGCUCCUCGUUCCCGAUGAUUAUCCGGUUAUCACUUAUGAUCAUAUCACCAACAAACCCCCACCAACCUCUAGCACCUCUUAUGUUAGCAUCAACAACCCCCCAGAAACUGUUAACACCGCUUAUGUUAGCAUAAACAAUUCCACACCAUCCGUUUCCUUUUCUGAGCCUAUCAUCACCAGUCCCAAAAUAUGUGUGAGCGCUUCCGAUCUCCUCACUAAGAACCACCCAACACAUCUCAUCCUUUCCGACCAGUCCACCAUCAACCCCCCAACCCCCGAACCAACAGCAUCAGAGCGCAGCGAAACCUAUGAGUACUAUCUCACCAAUCACCCCCGCCCGAGCCGCCAAAUGAUUCAACAGUGGUUCUUGCACACCUACCAGCGCCACAUCUCGACGGCACAAGUCAAUAGUAUCAUCCACACCCGCGGCGGAAUCCCACAAUCCCGCUUCUCACACCGUAGAGACAUCCCGAGGAAGGACUUCAACUAUGAAGAGGCGAUGGAACGCGAACGAGUUGUGGUCUGGGGAUGGUAUACCCAGAUACGGGAGCUUGAGGGGAAGAGGCCAACCAUGAGCAGGGUUGCGUCUUGGUGGGAGGAGGCCGAUGGAGGGAGAAUGUUGAGUAUAUCGACUCUGUCGGCAAUUUUAACGAAGAUGAGACAGAGACAAGACGAAGCUGCACAGCCCGAGGAAGCAGCGAAAGAUCAGGACGAUACCAACGAGCUGGGAUCGAGCAACGAUGAGGAGGCGAAGUCGGGAGCUCCCGAAACGCGGCAGGCCACCAAUCGCUUGAAGAGACCAGCGCCGGAGGACUGGGAAGACGACGACGACCUUGUCGGCCCAUGGUGUAAGUCUGGGAAAGAAGCCGAGGAAGUUCUUGAGGAACUUCUCCAAAAGAAAAAGAGGACACGGCAUAUGUAUCCCGGUACCUACAUGGAGUCUCUUAAGCCACAGGCGAAGCGCGUGAGGGUUACUCCGCCACCAAACCCUGCUCAGGUCACCGGUGAGCACCUCGACAUUGAGACACGGAUGUGGAAUUGGUGGCGCAGGCAUCGUGACAGCAGGCGUAUCUCGACUGCCAAUAUUGUUACUAAGAUCAGGAACUACUGGACCGAGCUGGAGAAGACUGACCCUGUUCCUGACUUUAACGAGUUCGCGGAGUCCUUCAAGAUUAAGUACAACCUUGUAACUAAUGAAGGAGGUCCUUAUCCAGCUGAUAUGCUUGAUAUGUACCAGGAGAAUGGUCCCACCAUGUCCACACAGGUCAGAGCUCGUCGAGUCCCUGGCCAAAAUAGGCCAUGGUGCUAG